UGGCUUUGUUCGCAGCAUCACAGCUACGGGGCGAAUCUGGCUGGGUGAACCGUGACCUUGUGGCACCGUGAUCAGUGCUGGCGGCAGUUAAUCGCGCACAGAUGAUAGAGCGCUGGGGACAAACGUGAUGGAAGGGACGAGGAGGAAUGGCUCGCGGUCGAGGUAGCCGUGCAAGCGCCAAAGUCAAGUCGUCAGUCGCUUCUUUUGUGGGAGUUGACCAGUUCUCAUCUGCCCUCUCUGUACAUUGCUAUCUCCUGCGGACGUGCUGUUCCUGAGCCUGAGGGAGCACAAAUCAGCGCCAGCUUCAGCACAGCCCUGGCCCUUCAUCGACGUCAGAACGCCUCGAGGGCUUGCAGUGCCAGUCUGCAUGGAACCGGACCUCUCGCGCAUUAGUCCAGGCCUUCUUUUCUGCCCAAUUCUGCGUUGGUCAGGGGACUGCUCUGCGCACACUCCCGCUGCCCGAUCCACUUCCAGACGCGGUGGGAGCAGCGGCGGCGAACAGUAGCAGCAGUAGCAACCUCUUUUCUGACUUGGCCUGCGCGCCGCAAUAUAUGCAGAGCGCAUUGGUUCAUGCACGGCCCCAGCAGAGGCAGACGAUCACGAUUGACGGCGGCGGCAAGCACCCAACACCUCGACAACGGCAGCGCUGCACCACAGCACAGCACAGCUCUCCGCGCGGCUAGCCAGCAGCGUCAUCAGCACGGCCGGACAGCACGACUCGCAUCUGAAGCACCCAACCGCACCCCACAACGUGCCCUCGCCAUCCGCGCGCACGCAUCACUCGUCGACUGCCGGCGCAGCAGCUUCGAGAAGCCAAGGUCACGCUGCCAGGUUUAACGACGCUCCUCACCGCCCCGCGCCCGACGCAGCCCCCUCGCCAUGAACAGCGGCAGCGAGAGUCUUAAGAAGGCUGCCAUCAACAAGGCGAAACAGGUCGCGAGCGGCGCCAUCCCCAGCAACGGCAACAACAACAACAAGAGCCCCUCCACCGCCCCCAACAACGACCAGAACGGCAGCAGCAAAACCGGCCAGAAGCGGCGGAAGCAGGACCUGAAGCCGAUCAUCACCACCGAGCAGCAGCAGGCCGCUGGCGGCAACCCGUACAGUGCACAGAGCAAUCCGUCGCCGCUCAACCACAAUAAAGCCCAGUACGGCAAGGACCUCCACGAAUCACCCAGCGAGUCAGAGUCCUCCGGCGACGAGGGCACCGAAAACACGGCGGACGAAGAGGAUUCCGAAGACUACUGCAAGGGUGGCUAUCACCCUGUGCAAGUAGGCGAACAGUACAACAAUGGCAGGUACACAAUAGUGCGGAAGCUCGGAUGGGGCCACUUCAGCACUGUAUGGCUGUCCAAGGACAACACCACCGGCAAGCACGUCGCUCUCAAGGUCGUCCGCUCCGCUGCACAUUACACCGAGACGGCUCUCGACGAGAUCAAGCUGCUGAAUAAGGUUGUCGAAGCCAACAAAGACCAUCCCGGCAGGCAACAUGUCGUCAGCCUACUCGACUCCUUCAACCACAAGGGACCUCAUGGUAUGCACGUAUGCAUGGUGUUUGAGGUGUUGGGCGAGAACCUGCUCGGCCUGAUCAAGAGGUGGAACCACCGAGGCAUUCCCAUGCCGCUCGUCAAGCAAAUCACCAAACAAGUGCUUCUGGGUCUGGACUACCUUCACCGCGAGUGCGGCAUAAUACAUACAGACUUGAAGCCGGAAAACGUCCUGAUCGAAAUUGGUGAUGUCGAGCAGAUUGUCAAGACAUACGUAAAGGAGGACCCCAGCAAGGAAAAGGAUGACCACCGCAAUGGCCGCCGAAGAAGACGCACCCUCAUCACCGGCUCUCAACCUCUGCCCAGUCCUCUGAAUACCAACUUCUCGAACUCCGACCUCUCGAACUUCCCUGGCAGCACGGCGAGUCUCAACAAGAUCGUCAACGAAAGCAAAGGGAGUCAACCAAAGUCGAUGCUCGAGAGCCUUGGUAUCAAGGCCGAAGGCGGCGAUGCGACGAAAGAUGCCGGAGCGCAGAAGGAGCGCGAAAAGACAGCCGAAAUCCUCGCCAACAACGUCUCCGAUAUGGAUCUGGGCGGCUCGCACGCAGUCAAGCCCAAGGAGUUGGAGAAGCCCGACGAUGGAAUCGAAGUCAUUUCCGUCAAGAUUGCAGAUCUGGGCAAUGCGUGCUGGGUGGGACACCAUUUCACCAACGACAUUCAGACUCGACAGUACCGCUCACCUGAGGUCAUCCUCGGCGCCAAAUGGGGUGCCAGCACAGAUGUGUGGAGCAUGGCUUGCAUGGUCUUCGAACUCAUCACGGGUGAUUAUCUGUUUGAUCCGCAGUCUGGCACUAAGUAUGGUAAAGACGACGACCACAUCGCACAGAUUAUCGAAUUGCUGGGCACUUUCCCUAAAAGCUUGUGCAUCAGUGGUAAAUGGUCACAAGAGAUAUUUAAUCGCAAGGGCGAGCUGCGCAACAUUCACAGGUUACGGCACUGGGCGCUUCCCGACGUCUUGCGAGAAAAGUACCAUUUCUCAGUGGAGGAGGCUAAGAGAAUCGGGGAUUUCCUCCUGCCAAUGCUCGAACUGCAACCUGCUGAUCGAGCGAAUGCGGGCGGAAUGGCGAAUCACCCAUUCUUGGAUGAGACAAAGGGAAUGGAUCGCAUCAAAACGGAUAUCCAAGUUGGUAGCAAGGGUGAUGGGAUUGAAGGGUGGGCUACAGAGGUCAAGAAGGCGCGGUAGCAGCCGCGUUGGAACUGAUCACCAAUCGAGGGGCCGUGUGCUCGGGACGAGGGGAAAGAGCGGGCAAGGUGAUGUUCCUCUUUGCCUGCUUCCUCCUGACUCCAAUGGAGCCCGCGCAAGUUGUGGCCUUCGUGGCUACACUACCACGACGAUGGAUUGUCCUUGCGUUUUGGUUCGUCCUGUCUCUCUGGAGAAGCUGCACUCGUUCUGCUGCUAUCACUGCCAACCUUUUGUCUAUACCACCAUGAUCAUCAGAAGCAGCAACAGAAGAAGGACGCUUACGAUCGUCAUCGUUCAUUCACCCACGAUAUACAUACACUCUUUUCUCAGUUUCUUCUUUCGCACUCGUAUGGCUUGGUGCCGCGAAGUGAGACUCUGACGAUGUGGUGUAAUAAAUGUAACGUGUGGCGAUUUCACAAUCCGCUGCGAUGUGGUGGACAAGAUCUCUGCCUCAGUGAUGAGGACAAUGUGGGGAGACGUGUGGU